AAUCAGACAUAUAGCGAUCCCAUUCUCCCAACAAUAUUUCUAGCAUUCUUUUCUGCCAUAAAAUCUAGCAAAUCCAAAUGGCUUCAAAAGGGCUUGACAUGUGUGUACUUCUGAUCCUUUUGAUGAUGCUUUGUCAUGGAGCCACUGCUCAAUCAGGCUGCACCAGUGCGUUAGUGGGCUUAGCCCCAUGCUUAAAUUAUGUCACAGGAAAUUCCUCAACCCCAUCAUCUUCCUGCUGCUCCCAGCUUGCUUCUGUUGUUCAAUCUCAGCCGCAGUGUCUCUGCGCAAUGCUUAAUGGCGGUGGCUCAUCACUGGGCAUUACCAUUAACCAAACCCAAGCUCUGUCACUUCCUGGAGCUUGUAAUGUGCAAACACCACCGGUUAGCCAGUGCAAUGCGGCCAAUAAUAGUCCAGCAAUUCCACCGAUAGGUUCUCCAGUGCCAUCAGAUUCUUCGGAUGAUUCUCCAAAAACUCCAAAUACACCAUCACUGCCAAGCAUUCCUGCAGGAAGCGGUUCUAAGACAGUCCCAACAGCAGGUGGCACUUCAGCUGCAAGCCUCACAAGAAUGCAACUUCACCUCACCAUAUUUAUCAUUUUCAUUGCUUCAUGUAUUUCAAAUGGCAUUAGAUUCUAAGCUUUCCUCGCAGAUUUGGAGCUUAUUCUGCUGUUUGCAGCUCUAUUAUCACUUGUAACCAUGUGCAAAUAGUGUUAUUGGAUUGUUUCUGAUGGAUUUG